ACAUACACUGACCCAACUGGAUGUGGACAGUGUACUGGGACAGCACUGCCAGGAACGCUAACCAGUAGCACAUGAGGGACUGGAGUUACCUGGACAGGUUCAUAUUCAUGUCAACACCAGUGUGUUCCAGCAGUUACACUGUCUUACAAGGAUGGAGGUUCUGCGGCGCUGGAAGGCAGGGUGGGGCUACCCCACCAGUCUGCUGUGUUGCUAUGGGUUCUUUAGUACAGUGAAACCUAUGGAGCCCUUUCUCAUCCCCUACAUGACAGGACCAGAUAAGAACCUGACAGUGGCACAGGUAAACAGCGAGAUCUUCCCAGUGUGGACGUACUCAUACCUGUCCGUGCUGGUCCCUGUGUUUCUGCUUACUGACUGGCUGCGCUACAAGCCCGUGGUGGUGUUCCAGUCCCUCAACCUCUUCAUCACCACAGCCCUGCUGCUGUGGCUGCAGGGAGUGGCAGCCAUGCAGGCCAUGCAGUUCUUCUACGGGGUGGUGACAGCCUGCGAGGUGGCCUACUUCUCUUACAUCUACAGCGUGGUGGAUCUGACGAGGUACCGCAAGGCCACGUCUUACUGCCGCAGUGUCCAGCUGCUGGGCUACACCGUGGGCUCUGUGCUGGGCCAGCUUCUCCUCAGCUUCAACCUCAUGACCUACAACAACAUCCUGGUCUUGACUCUGGUGCUGACGUCCAUCGCCCUGGUCACUUCCUGCUUCCUGCCAAUGCCACAGAGAAGCAUGUUCUUCCAUCGUAGCCUCGGUGAUGACAGGGAGAGGAAAUCGUCCACAGGAAUCGUGGCCGGGUCAGAAGGUGGUGCGCUGUCCAGCCCCUCAGCCCUCGAUGAAAGAGGGCGGAGCAGUAAGGCACCAGCCAGGGCAAAGAGCAGCAGUGAUGAGCCAGUGGAGGCAGGAGGCAGCGAGGAGAGGCCAGCUCUGCCAGGGGGCUGCCUGUCCAUUCUGGCCCAGCUGUGGAGGGACUUCCUGGAGUGUUACUCCAGCAGGCAGCUGCUGUACUGGUCCGUGUGGUGGGCUCUGGCUACUUGCGGAUACAACCAGACAGUCAACUACGUGCAGGUGCUAUGGGAGCACGUGGAGCCUUCUCAGAACAUCACAGUCUACAACGGAGCGGUGGAAGCCGUGUCCAAUCUGUGCGGUGCAGCGACGGCCUACGGGAUCGGCUUCACCCAGGUGAACUGGGCUCAGUGGGGGGAGCUGGCCCUGGGGAUCUUCUCCGGCCUGGGAGCCGCGUCACUCUUCCUCAUGACAUACGCUGGCAACAUUUGGGUCUGCUACGUCAGCUACAUCCUCUUCAAGACCCUGUAUAUGCUGCUGAUCACUAUAGCCAUGUUCCAGAUAGCCGCAGAACUAUCAAUGGAGAGAUACGCACUGAUAUUUGGAGCAAACAACUUUGGGGCUCUGGUCCUUCAGACAGUAAUCACAUCCAUAGUGGUGGACAGCAGGGGACUGGGUCUGAACAUCGUCACACAGUUCAUCAUUUAUGGCUCCUACUUCUCCGCCAUUGCCCUCCUGUUCUUGGUGAGGGGGGUGUACUGCCUGGUAACACAGCCACAACACAAGGACCCCCCUGCCUCGGAGCUCACCCCGAGGCCUGAGGACACGGAGCGGGUACACAGCUUCUGAACACAUGCUUCCUGUGUACACACUGAGUACAACACAUGCAUUUAUCAAAUAUUUCCAAGCCCAAAACUAGGUGAUUUAGUAAUUGUUUUGGUAAAAUUCAUUUUAAUAUAUAUAUAUUUACACAUUAACUUAAAUUUCUGUAACAUCCAAGUAGUGGUCUUCAGUCUGGAGUUUGUGGUUCUUGCCCAUGACAGCUGAGAUUUGGGGGGCAGCUUUUCUUACAGAAAUACUCCUCAUGAAUAAAUGUUCUCUCCUCCUCAGUAGAGACACUCCUAACAAUGCAACACUGCUUUUGGUUCUUUCCAGCAACUCACAGCAGACUGCAGCUUUCAAAGUAACACUUCUGCCUUAACAAACAUGUUAAAGAUACAAAUACUGAUAUGCACAAAAAGCCAGUUUCUUUGAAGAAAAACGUAUGUACAGGAUUGCAGCAUAAUGAACGGGACAUUUGCAAUAACUUAGUAUUAGCCAGUUUGAAUAUAGCUGGGCUCAGUUCACAGGUUGAGUGGAGGAAGAGGAGACCACCACGUCCAGUGUAGCACAUUUACCUUCACCAUACCGUCUGCGGUUCUGCUUCCACGUAACCGAAUCACGUGUUGUUCCUUCCUGUUGUUGGUCUUGUUCU